AUGGCAACUCCACGAACAGACUUUUCCCCAAUCAGGGCAUGCCUCUUCGACAUGGACGGCCUUCUCAUAAACACAGAGGACAUCUACACCCAGUGUCAUAAUAUCCUCUUAUCAACCUACUCCGCCGGCCCCAUGGACUGGAUCAUAAAACCCCAACUCCAAGGCCGACCCGCCGCCGAAGCAAUUCGUCGCCUCUUGGCCUAUUUCAAUCUAACACACAUCGACGCUGUCGAAUACACGUCCAAACUCCACGCGAUCCAAGACAUCGAGUUCAGGAAAGCCGAACCAUUACCCGGUGCCUUGAAACUGUUGCAAGAUUUGAACAACACGGGGAAAGUACAUAUUGCCCUCGCGACGAGUAGCUCGAAAUGGCAUUUUGGGAUCAAGACGAGUCGUUUGGGGGAUAUGUUUACUUUGUUUCCGGAGAAUAGACAGAUUCUGGGAGAUGAUACUAGGAUUGCGAAGGGGAGAGGAAAGCCGUCUCCAGAUAUCUAUCUUUUGGCGCUUAAAGCCAUCAAUGAGACUCUCGAGGAAGGAGAAGAGAAGAUUAAGCCAGAAGAGUGUUUGGUGUUUGAGGAUGCUGUUCCUGGUGUGGUUGCCGGGAGAAGAGCUGGGAUGAGGGUGGUUUGGGUGCCACAUCAGGAUUUGGCGAAGGUUAUGCAGGGGAAGGAAGAUCUGGUUUUGGCUGGACGGGGAGAGGAAGGGGAGGAAGAGAUGAGUGGUGAGGUGGUGGGAGAGAUAGGUGAUGGGUGGGCGGAGCAGAGGAUUAGUUUGGCAGAUUUCCCAUAUGAGAAGUAUGGAAUAGCUGUCAAGUGA